UCGGUCACGUGGGGUCUGUGGCAGAGGAGACGCUGAGAAAGUGGUGUCUUCUUCACGUUCACAUUAACGGCCAGUUCGUCGAGACGAGCAGCCCAGCCGUGAUUUAUCCUCGAGAGACAACUUCAAAAAAAAAAAAAAAAGGAGUGUUUUCUUCGUCCGAGAGGCGAGGCGCUUCAACCAGGACUCGUUCGGUGUUUCACUCACAGCGGACUCACAGCUGUUUCGGGACGUGUUUUGGUUGAAAUCAUAUUUUGACUGGUCGCUGUGAAGACUCGCGGUGUUUCUCUGCUCUGCUCUUUUUUGUUAAAGUGGAAGUUUUUGUUUCCUUGCCUCCUGAUCUUUUAUUGUAUUUAUUUAUUUAUUUAUUGGUUGAAGGCGCCUCCCGUGGCAUGGACUUGUAGCGUUUAUGCCACUGCAUCUGGGCUCCCUCUGAGGACCGGGGCAGCCAGGCGGAGAAGGAACCCCCACGAAAAUGGUGCAUUACGGAAUUUUAUCGUCGAAACUUAGAGCGUCAAUUCUUCGCCGUGGUGAGUGACAGCAUGGGAAGAGACAGAUCCAGGGAGCUUCCAGCCCGACGUUGAUGAGACACAGCCUCCCUCUCCAUGUUCUACUGUGAAUGCUUGGCUCUGCUGCUUGUGGCCGAUACGCGCACCUAAAGGACUUGCUGGGUGACGGGACGGCGGGCUGCGUUGUGAUGCUUCUGCUCCAUUUUUUUCUGAUUUCAGUUUUGGUUUCUCCAGCAAGAUCCGCGCUGUCCUAGAAUGGCUCGCUUUGAAGAGGACCUGCCCAGCCGUUACGGUGGCAGUCCCGCGGCCCCGGCCAGAGGGGCCAGUCGGCAGCCGGGGCCUCCAGGGGGCCAGAGGAUAUACAAGCAGACGAUGGCCCAGAGAGCCAGAACCAUGGCAAUUUACAACCCCAUUCCAGUCAAACAGAGCUGCCUCACUGUCAACCGCUCUCUGUUCAUCUUCAGCGAAGAUAAUAUCAUACGGAAAUAUGCCAAAAAGAUCACCGAAUGGCCUCCAUUUGAAUACAUGAUCCUGGCCACCAUUAUAGCAAACUGCAUUGUGCUGGCCUUGGAGCAACACCUACCAGCCUCAGAUAAAACCCCGAUGUCAGAGCGCUUGGAUGACACAGAGCCCUACUUUAUUGGAAUCUUUUGUUUUGAGGCUGGCAUCAAGAUCAUUGCCCUGGGCUUUGCCUUUCACAAAGACUCCUACCUGCGUAAUGGCUGGAAUGUAAUGGACUUUGUGGUGGUCCUAACAGGGAUCCUCGCCACAGUGGGGGCUGACUUUGACCUGAGAACACUGAGAGCAGUGAGAGUGUUGCGGCCGCUCAAACUGGUCUCUGGCAUUCCAAGUCUUCAGGUGGUGUUAAAAUCCAUUAUGAAAGCCAUGGUGCCUCUGCUGCAGAUCGGCCUGCUGCUGUUCUUUGCUAUCCUUAUGUUUGCCAUCAUCGGCCUCGACUUCUACAUGGGCAAGUUUCAUCGCACCUGCUUCAGGACAGACACAGGUGAGCAGGUAGCAGAUUUCCCAUGUGGCCUGGAGGCUCCAGCAAGGACCUGCAGCAAUGGCACUGCCUGUAGGGAGUACUGGCUUGGACCCAACUUCGGCAUCACCAAUUUUGACAACAUCCUCUUUGCUGUUCUCACCGUUUUCCAGUGCAUCACCAUGGAGGGAUGGGUGGACAUCCUCUACAAUGCCAACGAUGCCUCAGGAAACACGUGGAACUGGCUGUACUUCAUCCCCCUCAUCAUCAUUGGUUCCUUCUUCAUGCUCAACCUGGUGCUUGGUGUGCUGUCGGGGGAGUUUGCAAAGGAGAGAGAGCGUGUGGAGAAGAGACAAGAGUUCCUGAAGCUCCGCAGACAACAGCAAAUAGAGAGAGAGUUAACUGGGUACCUGGAGUGGAUCUGCAAAGCAGAGGAGGUGAUGCUGGCUGAGGAAGACAAGAAUGCAGGGGAGAAAUCUCUGGAUGGAGCAUGGUACAAAAGGAAACACAACAACUCUGUGCUGAAAAGGACCAAGAAGAGUAAGAAUGACCUCAUUAGUGCAGAGGAGGGGGAGGACCACUUCACUGACAUCUCAUCUGUUGCCCCCCCAGGGUCACCGUUUGCCCGUGCCAGUGUGAAAAGCAAGAACGAGAGCUCGUCUUACUUAAGGAGGAAAGAAAAGAGGAUUCGCUUCACCAUCCGCCGUCUGGUCAAGUCUCAGAGUUUCUAUUGGACUGUCUUGUGUCUCGUUGGCCUUAACACGCUGUGUGUAGCCAUCGUACACUAUGACCAACCUGAGUGGCUCACCUAUGCACUAUACCUAGCCGAGUUUGUAUUCCUGGGACUGUUCUUGGCAGAGAUGUCCAUGAAAAUGUAUGGCCUGGGACCCCAGAACUACUUCCAUUCUUCAUUCAACUGUUUUGACUUUGGGGUGAUUAUUGGCAGUAUUUUUGAGGUGAUCUGGGCUGCCAUCAAACCUGGAGCCUCGUUUGGCAUCAGUGUCCUGCGAGCGCUGAGACUGCUCAGGAUCUUUAAAGUCACCAAGUACUGGAACUCUUUGAGGAACCUGGUGGUAUCCCUGCUCAACUCCAUGAAGUCUAUCAUCAGCUUGUUGUUCCUGCUCUUUCUCUUCAUUGUAGUCUUUGCUCUGCUGGGCAUGCAGCUUUUUGGUGGCCAGUUUAAUUUUGAAGAUGAAACGCCAACAACCAACUUUGACACUUUCCCAGCAGCUAUUCUCACCGUCUUUCAGAUUCUAACCGGAGAGGACUGGAAUGCAGUCAUGUACCACGGAAUUGAAUCACAAGGAGGCGUUCAUGGCGGAAUGUUCUCCUCUAUUUAUUUCAUUGUUCUAACUCUCUUUGGAAACUACACACUUCUCAACGUGUUCCUGGCCAUUGCUGUUGAUAACCUUGCAAAUGCUCAGGAGCUCACUAAGGAUGAAGAGGAGCAAGAGGAGGCUAUUAAUAAGAAGCUUGCACUCCAGAAGGCCAAGGAGGUAAAGGAGGUCAGCCCCAUGUCAGCCGCUAACAUUUCCAUCACAGCUUUUCUAACACGCAGUCGAGGUAACGCGCACUCUAGCAGCUCAUCCAUCUGCAGCGUUAACUCACUGAGUUAUGUCUGCACCCCAGUCCAUCACUACCUGAGUAAGGAGCAGCAGAGGUCAGUGAAGACAAUGUCAGUGUGGGAACAAAAGGCCAAUCAGUUAAGAAAGCAGAACCUGGCAAGCUGCGAAGCCCUGUACAACGAAAUAGAUCCUGAGGACCGUCUUCGCCUCCACAUCCGGCCUGACAUGAAGACCCACCUUGACCGUCCACUAGUUGUUGAGCCUUUGCUGGGAGACCACCACCACCACCAUCACCACAGGCCAUACACGUCAGAGGAAGCAGAGACUGCUGGAGACCCUCCAAUCGCCCCUAAACAGCCCUGCCGCCAUCAUUGCCAUCGAGACAGGAACCGGACCAGACCAAAAGAGGAGACCAAUGAUAGUAGUGAGACCGGUAAGGAAGGAAGACAACAUCUUCAUCACAGCCGUGCCAAAGAUCACGACAGUAACUGGGGUAAAGAUGGGAAGAGCAGGAGGUCACGCAGCCGAGAGGGAGGCAGGAAGCAUCACCACCACAACUCAGUGGAUGACAACGGAGGUGGGGGAGUCAUGAGUGAGCACCGCCAUCAUCACUCACACCGACAGUCCCAAGGGGGCAACGGGACAGUAAACAGUGGAGGAGGGGGAGAGCAGAGGUCCCAUAACAGAGAUGGACAUCUGUCUAACAGGGAUAGGGGUAGGAAUUCUAGAGGAGAUAGCAGUGCCAAUGGAGAGAGGAGGAGACAUCGGGCUCAUGGAUCCAGGGGCCACCCCACAGCUGAAGGAGAGGAGGGCAACAAGAGAGAGAAGAUCCCCAGUCACAGGUUUGGUGACUCAGAAGGAGGCAUCUCUCCUAACCGACCGGAGGAUUCAGACAACCAGACAAAUGACAGAAGAACUGGCCAAACCUCCAUUCCUCCUCUGACAAUCACUUCCCCACCUGGAGAGACCACCCGCAUACAAAUGAACAUUGAGCAGCCCAUGAAUGAGAAGACCCUGGAGGAUCUAUCUCAAAGUGGACCCAGACCUAUUCUGCCUUACAGUUCAAUGUUCAUCUUUGGACAGGCCAAUCCGGUGAGGCGGUUGUGUCACUAUAUUGUGACCCUUCGUUAUUUUGAGAUGUCUAUCCUUGUUGUCAUUGCUAUGAGCAGCAUCGCUCUGGCAGCAGAGGACCCCGUCUGGACAAAUGCCCCUCGCAACAAUGUGCUCAAAUACUUGGACUAUGCCUUUACUGGAGUUUUCACUUUUGAAAUGGUGAUUAAGAUGGUGGACCUGGGCCUGCUGCUUCAUCCUGGUUCCUACUUCAGAGACCUGUGGAACAUUCUGGACUUCAUAGUGGUUAGUGGGGCGCUGGUGGCUUUUGCAUUUUCGGGGACCAAAGGCAAGGACAUCAGCACUAUCAAGUCACUGAGGGUUCUCCGAGUUCUCAGACCUCUCAAGACCAUCAAGCGUCUGCCAAAACUCAAGGCGGUGUUUGACUGUGUAGUCAACUCUUUGAAGAACGUGCUGAACAUCCUCAUUGUUUACAUCCUCUUCAUGUUCAUCUUUGCUGUCAUCGCGGUUCAACUCUUCAAGGGAAAAUUUUUCUAUUGUACUGAUGAGUCCAAAGGCCUGGAGAAGGACUGCAAAGGACAGUUCCUAGACUACGACAAAGAUGAGGUGGCAGCUAUGACAAGGGAGUGGAAGAAAUAUGAGUUUCAUUAUGACAACGUGCUGUGGGCCUUCUUGACUCUCUUCACUGUUUCUACUGGGGAGGGAUGGCCAACUGUUUUGAAACACUCUGUGGAUGCCACCUUUGAAGACCAGGGUCCCAGUCCAGGCUACCGGAUAGAAAUGUCCAUCUUCUACGUGGUCUACUUUGUGGUCUUCCCUUUCUUCUUUGUCAACAUCUUUGUUGCGCUGAUAAUUAUCACCUUCCAGGAGCAGGGGGACAAGGCCUUAUCUGAGUGCAGCUUGGAAAAGAAUGAGAGGGCUUGUAUUGACUUUGCUAUAAAUGCCAAACCUCUGACACGCUACAUGCCUGAGGACACGCAGUCCUUCCAGUACAGGAUGUGGAAGUUUGUGGUAUCAGCUCCGUUUGAGUACUCUAUCAUGAUCAUGAUUGCUCUCAACACUGUGGUGCUCAUGAUGAAGUUCCAUGGAGCACCAGACUUCUAUGAAGCAAUGCUGAAGAACCUCAACAUAGUUUUUACCACUCUCUUCUCUCUGGAAUGUAUCCUUAAGAUCAUCGCUUUUGGUCCACUGAAUUACCUAAAAGACGCCUGGAACGUGUUUGACUUUGUCACAGUGCUGGGCAGCAUCACCGACAUACUGGUGACUGAAAUCAAUGACAGGCUGCUGAACCUGAGCUUUCUGAGACUCUUUCGAGCUGCUCGACUCAUCAAGCUGCUGAGGCAGGGCUACACAAUUCGCAUCCUGCUGUGGACCUUCGUCCAGUCUUUCAAGGCUCUGCCUUAUGUUUGCCUGCUGAUUGCCAUGCUGUUCUUCAUUUAUGCCAUCAUUGGGAUGCAGGUGUUUGGCAACAUUGACCUGAACGAUGACACAGCUAUCAAUCAUCACAACAACUUCCGCACUUUCCUCCAAGCGCUAAUGCUGUUGUUCAGGAGUGCAACUGGGGAGGCCUGGCAUGAGAUCAUGUUAUCAUGUUUGAGUCGCCGAGCCUGUGAUGAGCGAUCAGGGACCCAUGGGAAAGAGUGCGGCAGUGAUUUUGCUUACUUCUACUUUGUCUCCUUUAUAUUCCUGUGCUCCUUCCUGAUGCUGAAUCUGUUUGUGGCGGUCAUAAUGGAUAACUUUGAGUACCUAACUCGAGACUCCUCCAUCUUGGGACCUCAUCACCUUGAUGAGUUUAUCCGGGUUUGGGCCGAGUACGAUCCGGCUGCGUGCGGACGGAUUUCCUAUAAGGAUAUGUACAAUUUGUUACGCGUUAUCUCACCCCCACUUGGCUUAGGAAAGAACUGCCCUAAUAGGGUAGCAUACAAGCGCCUCGUCAAAAUGAACAUGCCCAUCGCUGACGACAACACAGUUCACUUCACCUCCACCCUGAUGGCCCUGAUUCGCACUGCCCUGGAGAUCAAACUGGCUUCAGGAAUGGUAGCCCAGCGACUAUCUGAUGCUGAGUUAAAGAAGGAGUUGUCCACAGUGUGGCCCAGCCUCUCUCAAAAGACCAUGGACCUGUUGGUGACACCACAUAAACACAAUGAGUUGACAGUGGGGAAGGUUUAUGCAGCCCUGAUGAUCUUCGACUACUAUAAGCAGAAUCUAGCAAGGAAGCAGCAGCAGAGUGCAUCAGACUCUCGGUUCAAGGUCGGGGCUCUGUUUAAGCCAUUGCUGCCUCUGACUCACAUGCAGGAGCCUGUGGAGCCUCCCAGCAAGGUUGAGCCUCAGCCCAAGUCUCCUCCCAAGUCCCCGCCUAAGACCAGACUCCCUGAACAAUGGAGGCAUGCUGAACCGGUGGAGAUGACGAAGAUGGCGAAAAGUAGUACAAUGCCAGCCCCUGGCUCAGGUUUUGAGAACCAGGGCAGAGCUGCUUCUAUGCCUCGACUCACUGCUGAGCUACAGCGGAGCCGUUCACGCCACUCUCCAGAGAUCCAUCUGGCUUCUGUCCCGGAUGCAAGCCCGAUUAAGCGCUCAGCCUCCACUGUGACCCCACAGCGGCCCCCGGAGGUCAACCUGAGGGACUACAACCUGGAGAAACCAAGCAAGGACCGACCCCACCACCAUCACCACCACCACCACCACCACUGCCACCAUCGCAGAGACCGAGAUAAAGACAAAGACAGAGAGAAGAGGCAGAGAUCUUUGGAUACACCUACUGUGGGUCAUCCCUCCGGAUCUGGUGGAGCACCAGGAGAGCCAGCAUCUGACCCAGCUGCCUCCAGAGAGCGAACCCAUGACCGUGGACGUUCCCAUGAGAGGAAACACCACCAUUCCUCUACAGACAAGCAACGCUACUACUCCUGCGACCGCUACUCUAGCCGGGAACACUGCCUCACCAAAUCUGCAACCGCCAGCUGUGCUGCCCCCCCCAGUGAGGGCCAGGAAACUGUCAACAAGCAGGGCAGUGGUUGGGCUAAAGGCAGCCCAGUGGCACUGAGCUCCAGUUCUAGCACGCCAAGCCGUGGACGUCGGCAGCUCCCCCAGACCCCCCUCACCCCGCGACCCGGGGUGGCCUACAAGACUGCCAAUUCUUCCCCUGUGCACUUUGUGUCCAGCCAGGCCUCUCUGAGUCCUGGCAAUCUGAGCCGCGGCCUGUCGGAGCACAACGCCCUCCGUCACAGCGGCUCCCACCACUUCCCCUGCCCCGUCACUCGUAUCAACUCCGAGCCCUUCCUGGGCCGGGGCCACAGCGAGGCCCUGGGCAGCCCCUACAGCAGCCUACAGGACCAGCUGGACGUCUUCCACGAUGUGGCGUCACUGUCUCCCAGCUUCCGUGCCGGACGCUCAUCUCAGACCGCACUGCCUCGCAUGAUGGGAGCCCUCCUUCCUGCUCCGCAACAGAACCUUGGUGUGCCCAACGGGUACCACUUCAGCUUUGGGGACAGCACCAGCCCAGGCUCUGGCAGCAGGGCACCCAGGUAUUACCAGGAGACAGAGGUGGAUGAAUGGUGCUAGCAUGGCUUUAAAACAACCUUUUUAAUGCAUUUUUGAGGAACUGUGAUGAGUUUUAUCAUCUUCUUUGAAGGCUUUCGUUUACAUAGUCACUGUGCGUGUGUGUAAUGCUGUAAUGUAAUCCUAACUUGAAGAGCUACAGUUAAUGAGAACAUCUGAACUGGAAGAGUGCUUUAAGUUUAUAUUGUUUGAAUGUGAACAAAAGGGUGACCUCUUUUUCAAAGAGUAUGUAGCAUUAUUAAACAGAAGAGAAGUUUUUUUUUUUGCCAGGAUCAGAUGUCUUGGAGUGGCUGUACUUGAUUUACUUUGACUUCAGUGUUUUGUUGACACCACCAUAUUGACCCUCAAGCAGCAUGACAUUAAAACACAGAUUAGACAUUGACAUGAUGUUAUCUUCUGACUUUGAAGGACGGAGGACAUCCACAGAAAUCUUCUGCUAAGAUGGAUAGCACAUAAACUGACUGUGUGUCAAUCAGAACCUUUCAAAUAAACUUAAGUGCUGUAUGUAGUUAGCUUUUUCACAUCAGGAUGGGCUGUUUCUAAUUCCAGAGCAGUAAUACAUAUUCACAUUAUGACUUUUACACUGUGCAGGCUACCUUGUGCCAAACGAGAGGUGGGUGAUAAGAAAUAGCAUUUUCCCAAAACGUAAAGCCGCAUUACUGCAUUAAUUGCAAGAACAAAAUUUCUGCCUGUUGGAGGCAACACAACACCGACUGGACAAACAGUUCCCAAACCCUACAUCCAGCAAACAUAGAGCAACAUUAGCAUUAAUUUGGAGGGUUGUUUCUCACUUAGCUCCAUUUUGGUCCCUGGCUUUUUAUGCAGCUAUUAAAUACUUCACUAUAUUCACCAGCUCAUCUCUUGCUGUGCCUGCUGCUAAUGCACAGUGAGUUUAUCAGAACAGCUGCUGGGUUGGCAGGUUGAUGACAGCCACAAGACCUAAUCAAAACAGUUACAGUAUGGGUCUUCAAAAUGAAACAUUCAGCUGAAAGAAGCAAAAAUGUUCUUUCAGCAAAGGGCAGCUGUAGAUUCGGGGUAAUUCAGCUUGCCUUACAUGUUCUAACUCAAAACUUCAAUGCUAGAUUCUAAAUAUUUGCAGGUUUUACAGUCUGUUUUGAAAUAAUUUGGCUUGCUACAAUGUCAACGCUGCUUACUGUGUUCAGAUGACUGCAGACUCCCACAUGGUAUUUUAGACUAGACAGGACAUUCCUGCUUCACUCUGCUUACCACUUACACAAAAUGGAAGACGGGGAUGCAAAAGCAUGACUAAGAUCACAUUUUACCCAAGAUAAGUUGAGUUAAUUUAUCUGCAACAGUCAUUUCACCUCAUGUGUUUGUGAAGCCAAUAGUACAGCUCACUACAGGAACAAUUUAUUAUAAACAAACUUACUUGUAGCUGAAGUUCUGAAGUGUGUUUGAGAGUCAGUAUGGCAGUUUCAAUAGAAAAUUGUGCACUGUAAGUCACAGAAGCUGUACAAAAAUCAGAUCAGAAGUUGAAUGAAAUUAUAGGUUAAGUUGCUGGCGAACCUCAGACAUUAUGGCACUGCACAAACAGCUGUGUAUUUCUUUACUUAAGGACUCUACCAUUCCAUGAUGAUGCCUAAUCCUUUAUGACAUUCCCUCAGUGUCAGUAGAACAGAUAAUGUGCUGUCACACAGACUGCGAGGACUGUUUUGUCUGUUAAAUAUUUCUAGUAAACUUUAAGAGAGGAGCAAUGCAUGAUAGUGAGAAAAACCUGACUGAUUGAUUUGUUUUCUAUAAAUUUCCUUGUAAAUGUUCUCUUUUCAUUGUGUGCAUUUUUUGUAUGACAUGGAAAAAAAACAUAGUUGUGUUUUAUGUGAACUGCUUACAGUUUGCCAUUGUUUCAGGUCUAAUGUUUCUUACAGACUUCUUUGCGAUGUUUUAAGACAAAGUGCCUAUCCUUUUAGAUAUACUGUAGAAAAGAUGCAGUGUCAACUGUUUUCUAAUGCAUCCACACUUGAGUAGAUAUUUUAUUUAUUCUGUAUGCAGCUCUGCAGGAAAACAUGUACAGAAAGCCUUAUCUGCAAGGAGAUAACACUUAAAAGACCAGAAUGGAAAAAGUUACAGUUGAUUAUUUUUGUUGUUUUUGAUAAACUAUGAAAUUGUGUGUAUGACCGAGCAAAGAUCAACUUUGUGGAAACACUAUGCGAGCAUUUUACUCUAAAAACUGCAUAGAUAUAUCAGCCCAUUUACAUUACUGCCAGUAACACAAAGUGCAUGUUUAGAUGGUAACCUGGUCAGCUACCAGCUACAACCACCUCGUAGAGUUCUCUUUUUUCUGUGUUUGGGUUGGGAUGUCACCGUGUGAACUGAGCAGAGGGCAGUGGGUGGGGUUAUGAAUGUGAACUUUCCAUAUUUGGCCUCAGAGAGGGUGAUCCAGUCUGACUUUCUAGAUAUUUUAGUACAGCCAGGCUCUGUAUCUGUGUGUGGGUGGACAUGUUACUGAUAAGCACUAGUUGUAUAUUGUGCGUUUGUGGGUCUUUUUUUUCUUUUGGUUUGGUUUGUGUUGUAUAUUUUAUACAGUUUUCAUCUCAUAAAUAACUGGCAAAAAACUGAUGUUGUAAUUUCAUGCCAAAUACUUCCAGUAGCUUCGAAUUCACAGCAUGGCCUCAUGAAAUAUUACAGUCAUCUAAUCCAUCCAUGUUAAACAUCAGAAUACAAAAGGUAUUUUUUAUCCAGAGGUGCCAGUUUGCACUGAUGUUUAUAGUCCACACAGCAAGUAAAAGGACUUUAAAAGAGGAAGAACAACUUCUCAUCCACAUUAGCAACAUGCAAACUACAAUACAAUAACAUGAUUAGCUGUGCUCCAGUUCACAAUAUGUUUUUGUAAUGCAUUCACAUUAGAAAAAAAAACAUUGCUAAAUGUGCAAAGCUAGGAAACGUGUUUGUAUAAUGAAUCUGCACAUAAUCAACAUUAUCAAUGAACUUUAGUUAAUAUUUUAUAUGAGAGUACCACACAAUCUGACCAUGUAGCAACAAACGAUCAACUUUGUACAAUUGAAAAACAAAUGCCUUGAAGGUUGAAAAACACCUAGAAAAUAGAUGCUACACAGUAAGCUUUUUUUUAAAGUAUAAUCUAAUUGACAAUAACAUAUAAUUUGAGGUAUCAAUCAAGUGUUCUGUUUAAUUAACAUCUGUUGACUGAUACAUCAUUUUUUUAUAUGUACAGUGGGUACGGAAAGUAUUCAGACCCCUUGAAAUUUUUCACUCUGUGUCAUUGCAGCCAUUUGCCAAAAUCAAAAAAGUUCAUUUUAUUUCUCAUUAAUGUACACUCAGCACCCCAUCUUGACAGAAAAAAACAGAAAUGUAGAAAUUUUUGCAAAUUUAUUAAAAAAGAAAAACUGAAAUAUCACAUGGUCAGAAGUAUUCAGACCCUGUGCUCAGUAUUGAGUAGAAGCACCCUUUUCAGCUAGUACAGCCAUGAGUCUUCUUGGGAAUGAUGCAACAAGUUUUCCACACCUGGAUUUGGGGAUCCUCUGCCAUUCUUCCUUACAGAUCCUCUCCAAUUCUGUCAGGUUGGAUGGUGAACGUUGGUGGACAGACAUUUUGAGGUCUCUCCAGAGAUGCUCAUUGGGUUUAGGUCAGGGCUCUGGCUGGGCCAGUCAAGAACGGUCACAGAGUUGUUCUGAAGCCACUCCUUUGUUAUUUUAGCUGUGUGCUUAGGGUCAUUGUCCUGUUGAAAGGUGAACCUUCGGCCCAGUCUGAGGUCCUGAGCACUCUGGAAGAGCUUUUCCUCCAGGAUAUCUCUGUACUUGGCCGCAUUCAUCCUUCCUUCAAUUGCAACCAGUCGUCCUGUCCCUGCAGCUGAAAAACACCCCCACAACAUGAUGCUCCCACCACCAUGUUUCACUGUAGGGAUUGUAUUGGGCAGGUGAUGAGCAGUGCCUGCUUUUCUCCACACAUACCGCUUAGAAUUAACACCAAAAACUUCAAUCUUGGUCUCAUCAGACCAGAGAAUCUUAUUUCUCGUAGUCUGGGAGUCCUUCAUGUGUUUUUUCAAACUCGAUGCGGGCUUUCAUGUCUUGCACUGAGGAGAGGCUUCCGUCGGGCCACUCUGCCAUAAAGCCCCGACUGGUGGAGGGCUGCAGUGAUAGUUGACUUUGUGGAACUUUCUCCUAUCUCCCGACUGCGUCUCUGGAGCUCAGCCACAGUGAUCUUUGGGUUCUUCUUUACUUCUCUCACCAAGGCUCUUCUCCCACCAUUGCUCAGUUUGGCUGGAUGGCCAGGUCUAGGAAGAGUUGUGGUCGUCCCAAACUUCUUCCAUUUGAGGAUUAUGGAGGCCACUGCGCUCUGAGGAACCUUGAGUGCUGCAGAAAUUCUUUUGUAACCUUGGCCAGAUCUGUGCCUUGCCACAAUUCUGUCUCUGAGCUCCUUGGGCAGUUCCUUCCACCUCAUGAUUCUCAUUUGCUCUGACAUGCACUGUGAGCUGUAAGGUCUUAUAUAGACAGGUGUGUGCCUUUCCUAAUCAAGUCCAAUCAGUUUAAUUAAACACAGCUGGACUCCAAUAAAGAAGCAGAACCAUCUCGAGGAGGAUCAGAAGAAAUGGACAGCAUGUGAGUUAAAUAUGAAUGUUGCUGCAAAGGGUCUGAAUACUUCUGACCAUGUGAUAUUUCGGUUUUUCUUUUUUAAUAAAUUUGGAAAAAAUUCUACAUUUCUGUUUUUUCUGUGAAGAUGGGGUGCUGAGUGUACAUUAAUGAGAAAUAAAAUGAACUUUUUUGAUUUUGGCAAAUGGCUGCAAUGACACAGAGUGAAAAAUUUCAAAGGGUCUGAAUACUUUCCGUACCCACUGUAUAGAAUGGUAAAGUACACUCACUGGCCACCUUAUUGGGGACCUUGCUAGCAAAAGUUUGGACUCCCCUUUUGCCUUCAGAACUGCCUUAUUUUAUGUGGCAUACUUUCAACAAGGUGUUGUAAACAUUCCUCAGAGAUGUUGGUCCAUAUUUACAUGAUAGAAUCACACAGUUGCUGCAGAUUUGUCGACUGCACAUCCAUGAGGCCAAUCUGCUGUUCCACCACAUCCCAAAGGGUCUAGUGGACUCAGAUCUGGUGACUGUGGAGGCCAUUGGAAUACAGGGAACUCAUUUUUAUGCUGAACAAACCAGUUUGAGAUGAUUUGAGCUUUGUGACAUGGAGCAUUAUCCUUCUGAAAGUAUCCAUCAGAAGAUUGGUACAGUGGUCAUAAAAGGAUGGUUGGCAACAAUACUGAAGUAGGCUGUGGAGUUCAAACGAUGCUCAGUUGGUACUAAGGGGACCAAAGUGUGCCAAGAAACCAUCCCCCAUAUCAUUACACCAGCAGCAGCCUGAACCAUUGGUACAAGGCAGGAAGGAUCCAUGUUUUCAUGUUGUUACGCCAAAUCCUGAUCAUCUGAAUUCUCAGCUGAAAUGGAGUCUCAUCAGGGCAGGCAAUGUUUUUCCAAUCUUCUAUUGUCCAAUUUUGGUGAGUCUGUGUAAACUGCAGCCUCGGUUUCCUGUUCUGAGCUGGCAGAAGUGUCACCUGCUGUGGUUUUCUGCUGCUGUAGCCCAUCUUCUUCAAGGUUCUACGUGUUGUGCGUUCAGAGAAGGUCUUCUGCAUUCUUUGGCUGUAACCAGUGGUUAUUUGAGUUUCUGUUGUCUUUCUAUCAUCUCCAACCAGUCUGCCCAUUCUGCUCUCACAUCAACAAGACAUUUUUGUCCACACAAUUCCCACUCACAGGAUAUUUUCUCUUUUUUGAACCAUUCUCUGUAAACCCUAGAGAUGGUUGUGCAUGAAAAUCCCAGGAGAUCAGCAGUUUCUGAAAUGCUCAGACCAGUCUGUCUGGCACCAACAACCAUGCCACGUUCGAAGUCUCUUAAAUCCCUUUUCUUCCCCAUUCUGAUGCUCGGUUUGAACUUCAGCAAAUUGUCUUCUGAUUGUUAGAACAGGUAUAUUUAGUAACAUGGCCAGUGAGUGCACAUUUACUUCUUCAAUUUUACUUACUAAGUCAUUGUACUGUAGGUUGCUGAUUGUUUAGCUGUAUCAUUGUCAAUGUUUGACUUUUAAAAUUUUGAUAACAGUAUUGGUCCUUUCAAACAUGCACUUAACCUGACCACGUCUAAAUGUGUUGGCUUCAUCUCUGAAGAAGCACCCUGUGUACUUUAAUGUAAGAGUCACAAUGGCAAUCUUACUAGGUAGGACCAAGUAACAUUUCUGUAUCACUUUCAACACAGCACAAGUCUGACAUACAUGCUAUCAUUACCAGAGAGGCACAUCGAAGCACCUUCCUCUGAGUUUUGUGAAAUGAUUUGGGGGAACUUUAGUCCACAUUUCUAGUCAUUUAUUUAUUUUUUUUUACCUACGGCGACCUACAGCAUUAAACAGCCACAACAUCCAUAUGAGAAUCUCCAAAGAGAGGGAUCUGCACAAAUUUACACGCAUGGAACAAUAGCAGUAACUUCAUUAUUACAUGUCUAUCAUCCCUGACAUGGACAAAUAAUCCAUCAGCAUCUAUCAUUUAAAUGAUACUGCAAACUUUUUUCCCCUCAGAGAGACGAGCUGUAACACAGAGUCCCAGUUCAUAAGACAUCGUAGUAACAUCACACAAUGAAAAAAUAUUCACUGUUUGGGAAAUCAUAAAGAAAUAUGGCUGUUAUUUCAACUGUUUGAUAAGCUUGAUAUUAGUUUAGAUUUUGUCUUGACUUGUGUUUAUUAGUGCAUUAUUAUCUAUUAACCUCCACAGGAUAAAAGUACAUGGCCAAGGGAUGGAUGGGUAUAUAUAUAUAUAUAUAUAUAUAUAUAUAUAUAUAUAUAGAUAGAUAUAUAUACGUAGAUAGAUAGAUAGAUAGAUAGAUAGAUAGAUAGAAAAUGAGGGGGAAAGGUAAUACUAGUUAACUAGUGCUGCCAAAGGCUAAAACAUCUUUCUUGACAGAGCAGCCUGUGAUUUGAACAUCGGAUUUUUUUUCAAGUAAAUAACUUUGUAAUCAUAUAGUCAUAUAGUCAAGUAUUUUUUUAUUUUCAGUUUAAAGCAGGAUUUGUAAAGAUGUGCUCUACAUGGAACAUUUUCCAAUGUAAAGUCAAUGUAGCAGUGGUGACACUGCUAUAAACAUAUCUCUGCUGUUUCAAUAAUGACAUUUUUGUUCUUUAUUGUCCAACAUGCACUAUAUGUCAAUGUACUUAGUGAUUAAUAAGCUGUCAAAAACUGGAACACAGCUAAUAUAUCUACAUAUAUUAUGAAUGAAAGCAAAACAAUGUUUUGUUGUAGAUAAAAGCCUGAAGUGAAGGUAGGAAACCCUUUGAGAGCUGACGUACUGUAGAAGUAGGAGAUGAGGCAGACCGAAUCUCAUCCUGUGGGCUUAGCUGUACGUAGCAUAAAAUAUGAAGCUAUAAGCCAAAUUUAAAAUCACAAACCCAUUCCUGGAAUGUCCAGAAUACCACACACUAAUGUCUAAAAAUGACCAGAAGUGGAUCUGACGCUACUGGAUAUCAUACCUGCUUCACUGCCUCAAUGAUUUCUAAUAUGAAAGAGAAGUUACUCCAUCUGUCAGAUUUCUAGAAGUAUAUCUUGACAACAUGUAUCAGAUGCAGGGCUUUGGAUGACUGUCUGCUGAAGCCCUUAACUGUACUCUGCUCUGAACUGGAUAUGUAGGCUGUUUUACAUACAAAUAAUAUUUGUUAUAUGCAACUUGCUUGAAUGAUUGUCUCUUCUGAAAUGUUAAUCUAUUACUAUGUUUUUACAUCUGCAACAUGGAGGAAAGAUCGUUACCUGUGGAACAGCUGAUUGGCUUGAAAGUCUUUAUGAAGGUUUCUUUGGGAGACUCCUCAGCAAUUCAAAAAGGAAAGACAGGGGCCUUGUUUUAAACACAGCGGCAGACACUAGGGUCCAGGCACAAGCUGAAUGCAAGCAAGUAGGGCUAUGCAACAAGACAAAUCCAUUUCUCCAUCCAUUCUGUAGCUUUACAUGCUGGUCUCUUCAGAAUCAGGCUUCAGCAUGAUUGUAACCAAAUGUUUUGUAGAAAAUGCUAUAAAAAAAAAGGUGAAAACAAAAAGGACUUAAAAAUGUGUAAUGUCAUAAAGUGUAAACAAGAAACAGAAUAUUUAGGAUUACAGCAGCUUUAUACGUAUAUUUGCAUGCAUCACAUUAUCUACAAUGUCAAAUGGAAAUCCCCUGUCUCAAAGGGGGACGGAAUGUGUCCUGUACGGUCACAUUUAAAAGUCUUCAUAAGUCAGUCUUGAAUACUUCAAAGUGCUUCUAUUUGUCUGGGACAGUUGCAUAUUCUUCUGCAAAUGCAUUCAUUAUUUUAACCAUUUCAUCACAAUAUGGCAAAAAAAUAUAUAUAUAGAUUUAAAAAUUCCUCAAACUACCUUCCUUAUUGGCCCCUGUAUUGCAUCAAGGGAAUAAUAACUACCAAAUUCUGGACCAAUCAGCAACACACAUGAAAAACAAUUCAACGUCUUUAAUUUUGCAUACCGUUGUCUGCGGUGUGGAUUCGGAUUUUACUUAAGAAAAUACAAAUAUUUGCAUGUUCAAACAAUGCAUGUGCAUGUAGAAAAUGUAUUACUUUUAGAUACCAUGCGUUCCUCCACUGUUGAUUUUGAAUAUUUAAUAUAGUCUGUGGGGUUUGCUGAAAACACAAAUUUCUAUUAAAAACAGUAUUGAACCUUGUUGAUUGUUCCUCCCCAUGCAGCAGAGCUGGAACAUUCCUUUAUUUAGGUCUUGGGAUUCAGUGAAAUCUUUGUUUGCCAGAUUUUAUGUUUGUUGGCCAGACUUUGAAUUCUACAGUUGUUUCUACAUUUAACAUUUUGUAUGAAGCAAAAUUCCUUGGAAUAAAAAAGAAUGAAAUGAA